GACAUGAUUAUAUAUGAAGUUCCUCUAGUAUAAGUAACACUGACCGCUGCACUGUUAUAGCCUAUUUAUGCAUAUGUCUCCCUUUGGAGACUGUAAGCUAUUUGCAGACAGAUAAUGGGCCUGAUUCAACUUGGUGCCCCCAGUACUAGUCCUGGCAGAGAACAGGCCUGCUAAAUGGUUUGAAAUGAAUGAAAUGAAAUAAAGUACGUGAAAAUGGUUAGCACAGCACUAAAUAAGCUCAAAUGGGUUCUGCUAAUAGAAUUUGAAUUGGGUGAAAUGUCACCUUUCUGGAGAAGCUAUCUCUGAUUCACCCCCCUAAAGAAUUAAUCUCUUCUUCUAUUGGCCUUAUUCUAUGGCUUGAGAAGAACAAAGUUUAACACUUGGGAGAGUACCCAAAUAUGGUAGGGUUUGAAAUGUAGAAUGGAGAGUUGUGUGGCUAUAGGAUACAGCAUGCAGGGGCAAGAGAUUCAUGUGAAGUGUAUUUGCCCAGACUGUCUUCCCAAGAUCAUCUGCUUCAGAAUAGCCAGCAGAAGGUAGCACACAGAAGGAACUUACGAAAGGUUUGAAGAGCAAGGACCUCAGACUUUGUAUAAAUUUCAUCAUGAACAUGCUGUAAAGGAGCGAGGACUCCUUAAUGCCUUUCCUGUGUCUCUGAUUUAUUCAGCAGAUUAUCACUGAAUACUUACCAUGUACCAGGCACUAUGCUAGAGUUGAGGAUACAGGAGCAACCAGGACACAUAAAGUUCCUGCCUUAUAGUUUACAAUCUAGGAGAGAGCACCUGCGCCCGUGCAACCAGCAAGCGCGCUCACGUAGUGCCCGUUACGUUUCACCGUGCAAAGACGAGGCACGCAGUGCUCACCGAACAGGCGGACAAGAAGACCCGAAUGCGCGUUCCAGCACGUCCACUUUGGAGGCAGUCGGAACUCUUCCGAUCCUACUGCCAGGAACUAGCCUCUGUGAGGGGCACGCGCGCGGAAGGGGGAGGGAAAGGAAGGGACCCACCGCGCAUUUUCAUUGGUGGUCUCUCUUUGUAGAUCCCGCCCUCCGCCCUACUUCCGGGAAAGAGCGGAAGAGGCGGGUUGGUGGAGGUGGGGUCAAGAUGGCGGCGCCUUUGAGGAUUCAGAGCGACUGGGCGCAAGCCCUCAGGAAGGAUGAAGGGGAGGCCUGGCUGAGCUGUCACCCGCCAGGGAAACCAACUUUGUAUGGCAGCCUAACUUGUCAAGGAAUUGGCCUUGAUGGCAUCCCAGAGGUUACAGCUUCGGAAGGAUUUAUUGUGAAUGAAAUAAACAAGAAAAGCAUUCAUAUUUCAUGUCCAAAGGAAAAUGCAUCUUCAAAGUUUUUGGCACCAUAUACUACUUUUUCCAGAAUUCAUGCAAACAGUAUAACAUGCCUGGACAUUUCCAGUGGAGGAGGCCUUGGUGUGUCUUCUAGCACUGAUGGGAGCAUGAAGAUCUGGCAGGCUUCCAAUGGAGAGCUCAGAAGAGUAUUGGAAGGACAUGUGUUUGAUGUGAAUUGUUGCAGGUUUUUCCCAUCAGGCCUUGUGGUUCUGAGUGGGGGAAUGGAUGCCCAGCUGAAGAUCUGGUCAGCUGAAGAUGCUAGCUGCGUGGUGACCUUCAAAGGUCACAAAGGAGGUAUCCUGGACACAGCUAUUGUUGAUCGGGGGAGGAAUGUAGUAUCUGGUUCUCGAGAUGGGACAGCGCGACUUUGGGAUUGUGGGCGCUCAGCCUGCCUGGGAGUCAUUGCAGACUGUGGUGCUUCCAUCAAUGGAGUGGCUGUGGGUGCUGCUGACAAUUCCAUAAACCUCGGCUCCCCUGAGCAGAUGCCCAGUGAGCGGGAGGUUGGAACAGAAUCGAAAAUGCUGCUGCUGGCCCGGGAAGAUAAGAAGCUUCAGUGCUUGGGACUACAGAGCAGGCAGCCGGUAUUCCUCUUUAUUGGCUCAGAAGCUUUCAACUGCUGUACGUUUCUCUCUGGCUUCUUGCUGUUGGCUGGGACACAGGAUGGAAACAUUUAUCAGCUGGAUGUGAGGAAUCCAAGGACUCCAGUACAAGUCAUCCACAGAUCAGGAGCACCAGUUCUGUCCCUGCUGAGUUUCAGAGAUGGCUUUAUUGCUAGCCAAGGUGAUGGAAGCUGUUUCAUUGUCCAGCAAGACUUAGACUAUGUCAUUGAGCUUACUGAGGCUGACUGUGACCCUGUGUACAAGGUAGCUACAUGGGAGAAACAGAUCUACACAUGCUGUCGCGAUGGUCUUGUGCGACGCUAUCAACUUGCUGACCUCUGACUCCUUGGAAAGAGGAGUCCCAGUAAAUGAAAAAGAUUGGCCCUGAUCAACAGUGAGCAGAAACAUCAUCCGUCCUUUCCAGGGACCAUGGCCCUUUAUUGUCCUGGGCGCCCUUUGGAAGUCACAGAAAGUCAGCUACAUGGCCAUGUGGAACUAUUAUUCCAUGACGAGACUUACUUUGAACUGAGUAAGAAGCUGCAUCUCCCCCAACUUCUCCUCGUAUAAACUCACCCCAGCAACACAGGGCAAAGUUAUGGAUUUGCUUACAGUUUGAUCUCACACUAGUUGUGUUAAAUGUUUACAAGGACCAGAGGACUAAAACCUGUUCUCUAAAGGAAAUAAAGAAUAUGUUUGCAAGACA